CACUCCACACUCGCCGUGCUCCGGUCGUACCCAUUCGUUUCGUAACUCGGCCUUGGCCAACCACAGGCUCCGUUAAACCACAGAGGCUGUUUCAUUCUCGUACAUCUCCUCCCUCUCUCUCUGGCUCUGCUAGGGUUUCUGAGCCACUAACCGUCUCAACCCGACUAUUGCUCCGUCCUUCCCCUUCCCUGAACGUGCCGACACGUAUAUAUCUUGAAACCUUUUGGUCCUCAACAGAUUUGGAGAAAAGGAAAUCGUUGUCAGUUUGAGGUUGCUUUUGAGUUCGAAAAGAAGGGACGCUUCUGAGCUUCUUUUAUAGUUAAGGUAGUUUUAGCAUAAGCAUUGCUAGAAACAAAAUGGGCAACGAACCUUUUGAUGGUCAAAGUUUGACUGAAAAGUUGUCUAAACUUAACAGUUCACAACAAAGUAUAGAAUCAUUGUCUCGUUGGUGUACUUCUUUCAGGAAGAGAGCGAAACAAAUAGUUGAGACAUGGGAUAAAGUGUUUAAACCUGCACAGAAAGAGCAACGUGUUGCUUUAUUAUAUUUGGCGAAUGAUAUACUGCAAAAUAGCCGUCGCAAAGGAAGUGAGUUUGUCAAUGAGUUUUGGAAGGUUCUCCCUGCAGCUCUUAAGCUUGUUUAUGCAAGUGGUCAUGAAUCUGAGAAGAAAGCUGCUUCAAGAUUGGUUGACAUAUGGGAAGAUAGAAAAGUUUUUGGAUCUAGGGGUCAGACUCUUAAAGAUGAAGUGCUGGGAAAAAAUCCUCCUUUAUCAGUUAGCAAUGUCAAAAACCCAAACCCUAUAAAGGUUAUAAAGAGAGAUAAUAAUUCUCUGAGAAUUAAACUGGCCAUCGGGGAUAUUCCUGAAAGAAUUAUAACAGCUUUCCAGACUCUACAUGAUGAAACCACCAAUGAAAAAGGUGCACUGAACAAGUGUAAAGAUGCUCUUUCUAAUUUCAAAGAAAUGGAGGAAGAUAUUAUGAACAUCUCCUCUCAGGGCACUCCACAGGGAUCUGAAAUGUUAGAUAAGAUCCAAGAACAGGAGGACAUACUUAAGCAAUGUGUUACCCAACUUGAAAAUGUUGAAGAGUCCAGGGUAGCCUUGAUUUCUAAGCUCAGGGAAGCAGCUGAGGAUCAAGAGUCUAAAUUGGAGCUGCUAAGAAGUGACUUGAAGGCUGCUCGUGUGCAGAUUGAACAAGCUGUGAGUUUAAGGCAACGGUUGAGGUCUUCUGUCCUACCCCCAACAGAAUCAGGAGCAGCAUUAACAAGUGAACUAAACUCACAUUCUGUGAUUCCUUUGCCUACAAACCCUCCCCCAAUCACUUCAUCUUCAUUUGCAACCUUGAAUCCAAGCAAUGAGGAAAGCAGCACAAGGGCAACAGCAGCAGCCGUUGCUGCCAAACUCACAGCGUCCACAUCAUCUGCCCAAAUGCUCACAUCUAUCCUAUCUUCCCUUGUUGCAGAAGAGGCUGCUGCUGCAUCUGUUUCAGUUAUGAGCAGCAGCAGCGGAUUGAAAAGAGGCCUUGAAAGUUUCUCUUCUAAUUUUCCAGAGAAGAGGCCCAUGCUGGACAAUCCGGGUCCACCAUCUUUCUCUUCCGAUAACAUGAAUAAAACAAACGGAGGCAAUUCUUCAUCUACAGCCUAUUUCUCUACUGUUACGCCGGUGCAGCAACCAAAUGGUACUACGGUUUCACAGCUCCCCCCUCUACCUCCCCCUCCACCCAUCAUCCCUCCCUCAAGUUCCAGUGCAGCCCAAUUAGUGCAACCCCCAGCUAUGAUUAUGGGGGGUAUGAACUAUGGUUAUGCUUCUGCUUCUGCUGGUACCCUCCCACCCCCACCCUUGCAUAUAACAACCGGACUUGCAAGGCCACCUCUCCAACCACCUCAGCUGCCUGUCAAUGGUGGGUUUUACCCGCCACCCGGAUUUGGGUUUUAUGGACAGAGCCCUCAAACAUCUCCUCCCCCUCCUCCGGUUCCCAGGCAGUAAGUAAACCGCCAUUUGAGAAUCCCUAGUUUACGUCUUUUUAAAAAAAUCCCCCCUUGUUUACUAUGUACAUUAUAUGCUGUGAAGUCAUCUAUCUAAGCCAGAGAAGCGUUUUGAUGUGGAGUUUACCUAUCGGGUUUCACCUCACCCCCAGACAGAUUAGAAGUAAUAGCUUUGUGCCUGAACUCCUUUGUUUGCACCCUUUGUACUAACCCUUAGGGUGCUUUGCAAUGGCCACAUGAUAUAUGGUUAUCUAUUUUGUAGGACUUGUGGUAUAUAACUUUCUUUUGAAGUAGGAAUAGUUAUUAUGUUAUCUAGUUUAAGUUUCUAUACUCGUGUUAAUCUUCACAUGUAAAGUUUUCUUUACUUUAAAUGGGUGACUAACACUUAUGUGUAUUA